CGUCAUAUAACGCGUAAAAUGUCAAGUAAUUUCGCCAAACAGUGCAUCAUAAUGGCAUCAUAAUAAACUCUAAUCUAUAUAUGUAGCAGCAUAAAUAAAAAUUUUCUUAAUGAACAGUUAGAAAAAGUGAAACACCUUCAAAAUGGCAAGACUAAGCAAUGUAAGGGUGAAACAUUGUGACCAAAUUUUGCUUCACAAAUUGCACCUGCUAAAUAAUGCGGUUUCGCAAGUGGGGGUCAGUGAGCGGGAAAUGGAAGAAGCGUUCAAAUCGUCCAUCGGCUAUCGUCCCAGUCGCCUAUCCUGGUCCCGGUGGAACGAUGGAACGCUAUCGAUACUGUACAGUGUUAUAUUUGUGGUGGCCCUUUUUCUCCUGACUCCGUUUUUGGCCUCGUUCAUGGAAGUCAUCCUGGGAACCAGGUGCAUCGUGCCGAACAACUAUCUCGUUUGGGAAGCUACCAGACCCCUGUCCGAUUGCGAUUAUUGCAGAGGGAUUCGUGGACCCAUCAUUUUAUCAAAUCUCUCCCGUGACGAAUUCAAACCAUAUGCAUACUCAUCCAGGCCAAUCAUCAUCAAAAAUGCAAUCUCACAUUGGCCCGCCACCAAACUUUUGAAUUUUACUUUCCUCAAAGACUUGUACUACAAGCAUCCUUCGGCGUUGGAGAGUUUCCACGAAGACUGCCAAUUUCUGCACUUUAAAUCUAACUUUCAAACACUGAAAGAUGUAUUCCGAAUGACGGAAGAUUUUCGCAUCGGUCGCAAACCGUGGUACGUGGGCUGGAGCAAUUGUAACCCGCUGAUACUCGCGGAGAUGCGAAAGCUUUACCCAAAGCCACACUUCCUACCGGAAGACUCCGAAAUGCCGAACACCGACUUCGUUUUUCUCGGUUACGAGCAGGGAGCCGUUAUGCAUAUUGACUACAUCCCACGGCUUAUGUGGCAGGCCCAGCUGCGGGGUAAUAAGAGUUGGAUAUUGGCUCCAACACCAGAGUGCGACAACGAGUGCCGAAGUUUCAGCUUCUACGUCGAACCUGGCGAUGCACUCUUGGUGGACACCCGUUUGUGGUAUCAUGGCACAUUCAUCUCCAAGGGUGAAUUUUCCCUCACCAUCCAAUCAGAGUAUGGAUGAAAAAUUGCCGCGAGUAGCCGAUAAACGAUAUUCAACAGUGUGUGUGUGCGUUAAUGUAAAUAUUUGAUAAACCCGCAAGCAAAUUCUGUGCAGAUGUGCCAUAAGUGUAUAUUUUUAAACCGUUGAAGAAGGAAAUAUAUACAAUUUGAACCAAAA